AUGCUCGCUGUCGACGGCUCUGCAUCUGCGCUCACCCCGAAGGACCACGAGGUCGCAGCUAGCCCGGAGCCUAAGCACGAGGAAAAGCACGACGACAAGAAGCGCAGCAAGAAGCACGACGACAAGAAGAGCAGCAAGAGGAAGGACGAAGACAAGGGCAGCAAGAAGGGAAACGAUGGCAACGACGGCAACGAGGGUAGUAAGAAGGCGAAGGACCGCAAAGUUCAAAAUGAGGGACACAAGAAAGGGGACGGGCAAGAUGCGAAAGGCGACAGCGAUGGACUGAGCAAGACCACCCGACAAUCGAGAACCAGACGUGCGCGCGCUGUGAGGAAACCGCGAGUCGCCGCAAUGCAUCCUCCUGUGGACAGUUCGGUGGAACGGAAGAUCGCUCAGUUGCGGAAGGAGAUCGACGAGAUACAGCAGAAGAAUAGGGAAAUACUGGGAGACGUUCCGGCCAAGACACUGCUGAACGGAUCUGGAGGGAAGAGCCUAAAGGACGCUCUCCUUGGCGCGAAAGGGGCAAAGGAAGCCGGCAAACCGAGGAAAGAGAGGACGAAGGUUUCGGAAGACGACUUUGAGAAGCUCGAUAUCAAGCACUUAAACCCCGACGAGCUAAAAUUCCAGCCAGUGGAUCAUGAAAUACCCCCCGUACCCAGGCUUUCGUAUGGUCUGGACCGCGUCCUCUUCAAUCCUGGCGUCUAUCGCCUCCAGGAUCCCCGUUCGCGCGUGUACAACUUCGAUCCAUAUCUCGAAAAGAUCAUGUCCGUCAACGAGUUCAACUUCUCCGCUCUGAGCGAAUACAAGACUUCUUCCAAGGACGAAGAACUCCUCGCCCUCACAGAGAAAAUGGGGACAAAGUUCACCGGAUCUACAUCAAGCAUGUCGGGCGUCCUGCAACACUUCCACUUCCUACUUUCAAACUUCCGCAAGCUCAACCAUGAGAUGCUCUCAAAGAAGUUUCCAGGCCCAACAGACAAGUUCUCUAAAAUCACCGAGGGUCCGAGUGCCGUCUUUCUGCGGUGGAAGGACGGCAAAUAUGCCAUCGAUGCUGAUAAAGCGUAUGACCAGCCAAACAUCAUGAGCUGGCUGGGUCAUUCUCUCGAGAAACUCUUGACUGUUGAUCGCACAGAAUUUGAGCGGUACCGUCGCUCAAGCGGGGACGCUGUUCCAGGUGAGGACGAGUCAUCUAGGUGCUACCAUUAUUCCAAGCUUGGAAAUUUCCUCAUGCGCUCUCAGCUGGACGCAUACGACCCGCGAUUACCUGGGACGGGGAUAUUCGACCUGAAAACGCGCGCCGUAGUGUCGAUUCGCAUGAAUCAUCAAGAGUACGAGACUGGCAAGGGCUAUCAGAUCCGGUAUGACCAUGGUGAAUGGGAGUCUUAUGAGCGCGAAUUCUAUGAUAUGACGAGGGCCACAAUGCUGAAGUACUCCUUGCAAGUGCGGAUGGGGCGAAUGGACGGGAUCUUCGUUGCGUAUCACAACGUGGAGCGCAUCUUUGGUUUCCAGUACCUUCCACUCGAGGACAUGGACAAUGUGCUGCAUGGGCAGAAAGACACAUGUCUCGGUGACCAAGAGUUCAAAAUGAGUAUCAGCUUGUUGGACGAGUUGAUGCAAAAAGCUACUCAACAGUAUCCCGAGCAAACACUACAUCUGCACUUCCACACUCACAAGAGCGCUCGCGGCAAUCCGCCUUUCAUGUACAUCUUUGCCGAGCCCGUCACGGAGGAACAGGCAGAUGAAAUACAAAACAAGAAUCAAGAGGCGCAUAGAGCUUUCGAACGGGACAUUGUCGGCAUUGUCAAAGAUGAUCCGGCCCUACAGGCGGAAUGGCACGAGAUACAAGACCGCGUCGAUGAUGAACUCAACGGCGAACACGGAGUGGACAGCAAGAAGGCAGAGGCGGCAGAAGAUAUCGAAGCUACCGUUGAAGAGUCAUCAACACUGUCGAGCGACGAGACACCGGAAGUGGCGGGUGAAACACCAGCCGAGAAGACUGACGAACCAGACGUUCCAAAAGGACCGUUGAUGGGUUGGACCUUGGCAGUUCGCCACAGGCUCAACGGACACUACGUGGAAAGGCCAGUGAGCCUUACGCCUGAAGACAGCUGGACGAUCGAAUACCAUAUACGCGAAUUGAAUGAGACCGACCGGUGGAACUUGUACGAGAAGGUCAAGAAGAAUCGCAAUCAACUCAUUGGCGAGGAACGAGACAAGGAAGGUGCCAAGAAGCAUAUGGAAAAGUACCGUGAAUUGAUCAAGAAGUAUAGCGAGAGAGGUCGUCAGUGGAGGGAAGAGCAAGACGCGUUGGCGGCAAAGGUAGAACCCAAGGUGUAUGAACCAUUGGGGCCAGGAUCACAGAGCCAGAACCAGGCUCAGAGCACUGGCUAA